AUGAAUCGACGUCAUCUCCUUAAUACAAGUAAUUUAAGUGGCGUAUCAAAUUCAUCAACGACAUCAGCAGCAGCGACAUCAACAACAGGAAUGACGAGUGGAGGAGUUUCAUCAUCAACAAAUUUAGUUACUCCGAAAACACCUUCAUCAAAAUUAAAGCCUUUCUCAACUCCUGGAGCAUUGACCAAUAGUAAUAAUAAUUCUUCAUCAAAUCUCAUCUCUGCAGCAUCACCAAUACCAACACCACAACAAAAAAAGGGAAUUCCCUUAUUAGCUGAAAAGGGAUCAAAAAAUUCUGCACCUUCAACACCAAGAUGUUCAUCACCAACAAUAGAUUCGAAUAUAAAUAUAGGAAGAACAGGAGAAUUAAUUAAUACCUUUAAGAAUGUAUUCAAGCAAGGAGAUGUAAAUUGUGUUUGUUAUGUAGAAAAAACAGGAUCUAUUUGGACAGGUGGAUCUGAAGGACAAUUUUGUAUUUAUGAUGUGAAAAGUAAUUUAAAUAAUUUAGAUUUUAGAAGAGUAUCAACUAAUGGACCUUUAAAUGAAAUAUCCAAGUUAACAUUUACAGCCAUGACAGUUGUAAAAUCAUUUUCUAAACAAGUUGAUUGUACAGUUUGGACAGGUUUCAGUAAUGGUAAAAUAAUUAUAUGGGAUGCAGUUACAAUUAAUAAGGUAUUCGAGUUUGAUUGUCAUUCAGCAACUGUUACACAAAUAUUAUGCAUUGUAAAUACUAUUACAUCUAAAAGAUAUAUUUGGACAUCAUCAAUGGAUAGAACUAUUCGAAUUUUAGAUGCUGACACAUUUCAACCAAUUCAAAUUUUAUCAGAACAAUCUCCAAUAGUUGGUAUGGUUUAUUUGGAAAAAUUUAAUCAGGUUUGGAUUUUAUCUGAUGAUGGCCAAAUUAAAAUUAGAGAUUCCAUAGAUGGUAAAAUUGUUAAAGAUAUGCCAUCCAUGAUUAAUUCAAAACAGAUUAUUAAUUCUGGUUUAAAUAUUUGGACAUGCAAUAGUGAGGGUAAAUUAAGAAUUUGGGAUUGUGAAAAGAUGAAAUGUAUUAAGGAAAUCAAAGCUCACGAAAGUACCAUUAACAAAAUACUAGCAACAAAUAAGCAAGUGUGGAGUUGUGGUGAUGAUAAGGUAAUUCAUAUAUUUGAGUCGAGUACUUUGAAAGCCAUCAAGAAGAUUAAAGCAAAUUCAGUUUCAGUUGUUGAUAUGAUUGAAUUACCCAAUCAAAGAAUAUUUGCUUUUUGUUCAGAUAAUAAGGUUAGAAUUUGGGAAUGUGAAGGUGAACCUUUAGCAAGUCCAGAACCAAAAACUAAUUUACAAUCAGAUGUUGAACCAACUACUCAUGUUCAAUCAACAACAACACCUGUCAUUGAGGUAUCUCCAACUAUAUCUACGACUUUCUCAACAACUAAUUCAACAACACCAACUACAACACCAACACACUCACAACAAUCUGUAAUUAAUCAACAACCACCAACGAGUAACAACAUUCCAAAUACUAUAGGUAGCUUAUUAACUAAUAGUACUACUUCACCAACAAAGAGAGAAGAUUCACCUAAAAAACCAAUCACAUCUCAAAUACCAACACCACAAACACCACCUCAAACUGCACCAAUUACUGAAUCAAAAUCUGUUGUACCACAACCAAAGGCAAAACCAAAGUUCACUAGGGGUGUCUCUAUGGAUCUUGCUAAAAUAAUUGGAAAUGAUCACUAUGAUUUCUUAAAAUCAAAUAUUAUAAUUGAUAAGAAUGAAUUAUCACUUGAGGAUCAUAAAGAACAUAAAGAAGAAAUUGAAUAUGAAUCAUCAUCUGAAGAGGAUGAGGAUAAUGAUUCUAUCAAAGCAAUGAAAGAAGCUUAUGAAAGAGAAAUUGUAAUGUUGAGAAAACAAUUACAAGAAGCUUCAUCUAGAAUUCCAAAAUAUAAAGUCAAGUUGAGAAGUAAAACAGAUAGAUUAGAUUCAAAAGAAUUAGAAUUAAUAGAAGCAAGAACUUUGAUUAGAAAUCUUGAGGAAAAGGAAGAAUUUCAUAAACAUGAAUAUGAUGCCUCAAAACAAUUAUACUCUGAAGAAAAAUCAAAAAUGUUAGAAGAUAGAAAGGAAAUAUUCAAUAAGCUUAAAUCUAUUUAUUAUUCCCUCUCUUUAACACCUUCAAAGGAAAUUGAGGAAAUAUUUGCUCAAGAUCAUGAAAUGAUUUCAAUUGUUGAUUUAUUAGAUAACAUUUUUGUAAAGCUUGAAUUAGAAAGAAGUAAUCAGGAAAAGGAAAUUCAAAGAAAUCAUCAAGACAGAUUGGCAAGCAUUAAAGAGGGAACUGAAGAGGUGAGCUCUAAAUUGGAUAUCCUUAAACGAGAUAACAUACUGCUUGAGGAUGACUCGUUUUUCAAUGAAGAGGAUUUGAGUGAAACAUCUGUAAUGGUGUAA